CAGUGAUUGAUGGAGAAGCCGGUAGUGAUGGCCGUUCACUUCCUGAAGUCGAACAGAAGCUCGGAGCGGGACGGGAGGGAAGUUCCUCGAGUGGAACUUUAAUAAACAAAGCAUUUCCUUUCCUCCCCUCACAUAUUGUCCUACUUCCACGUCUGUGCGCCCUCCGGCGGCUUCAGCUCGGCGGGGAAGGCGAAGCGGCCGCUGCAGAUGGAAGCUGCACCGGCCAAGGCCAAGCCGCAGGGCCGCCUCCUGGUGUCCACGCAACUGGACGCCAAAGACGACUUGGAGGAGAAACUGGAGCGUUGUAUUGGAGCGGUUCACUCCUUGAUCAAUGGCCUUUCCGAGAGAGAAGCGAACGACGCUCUGACCGCCAAUGUGUGUAAAGGCCAGCAGCAGCAUGAGGAGGUUUGUCUCGGUCUCUUCGCUCUGCUCCUCACCGAGCCGGCUCAGGCCCAGAGGUGUUACAGAGACCUGACUUUGGUGAACCGAGAUGGGAUGAAUGUGGUCCUGGUGAAGAUCAACCAAAUCUUAAUGGAGAAGUUCCUCAAGCUGCAGGAUGUCCCCAGAAAGCAGCUGGUGUGGCUGGUCAGAGAGUUGGUGAAGAGCGGCGUGAUGGCAGCUGAUGGCGUCGUCAUGACGCUGCUCAAACAAAUUGCAGGAGGAGACGUGUCCACAAAGAACUUGUGGUUGGCUGAGAGCGUCCUCGACAUCCUGUUGGAGCAAAAGGAGUGGGUUCUGAAGAGCGGGAUGCUGAUAGCCAUGUCUGUGUACACAUUCCUGCGCCUCAUCGUGGACCACGGCGCUCCCAACCUGCUUCCUCUACGCCAGAAGGAAGUGGACUUCUGCAUCGGGAUGCUGAGGGAGAAGUUCUUGGAGUGCGUGAUCAUUGGCAGAGAUUUGGUGCGCCUGCUGCAGAACGUGGCUCGGAUCCCCGAGAUGGAUCUCCUGUGGCGAGACCUGCUCCACAACCCGCAGGUCCUCAGUCCUCAGUUCACCGGCAUUCUGCAGCUGCUCACAGCUCGGACUUCCCGAAAGUUCCUGGCGUGUCGUCUGACCCCCGACAUGGAGACCAAGCUCCUGUUCAUGACCUCCAGGGUAAGCGGAGACUUCCUGCGGCCGUCAGGUGACUUCCUGUGUGCGUCGGCACUGUCUCGCUCUCUCGCUCGCCCCGCGCAGGUCCGCUUCGGGCAGCAGAAGCGCUACCAGGACUGGUUCCAGCGGCAGUACCUGUCCAUGGCCGAGAGCCAAUCGCUGCGCUGCGAUCUGAUUCGUUACAUCUGCGGCGUGGUCCACCCGUCCAAUGAGGUCCUCAGCUCCGACAUCCUGCCGCGAUGGGCCAUCAUUGGCUGGCUGCUCACCACCUGCACGUCAAACGUGGCUGCCUCCAAUGCCAAACUGGCGCUCUUCUACGAUUGGCUGUUCUUCAACCCUGACAAGGACAGCAUCAUGAACAUAGAGCCGGCCAUCUUGGUCAUGCAUCAUUCCAUGAAGCCUCACCCCGCUAUCACCGCCACGCUUCUGGACUUCAUGUGUCGGAUCAUUCCUCACUUCUUUCCUCCGUUGGAAGUUCAAGUUCGUCAGGGCGUCUUCAACUCGCUGACGUUCAUCAUGGAGAAGAGAGUGCUGGCGCACCUGGCGCCGUUGUUCGACAACCCGAAGUUGGACCGAGAACUUCGCUCCAUGCUCAGAGAAAGAUUCCCAGAGUUCUGCAGCGCCCCCUCUCCACCUAUGGAAGUGAAAAUGGAGGAGAUGACAUGCAUGGAGAUGGAGCACAUGAUGGACAAGGAGGAAGGUUGCUAUGACAACACAGAAGCAGCCUUCAGUGAUGAUGAGGAGGAGGUCAACAACAAAGGGAAGAAGCGCGAGUUCAGGUUUCAUCCAAUCAGAGAGGCUGUAGUGGAGGAGCCUGCUGACAUCACACCCUGGCUCGACCAGUUGGAAGACACCAUGAAGGAAAAGGUUGUCCAGCUGCAGAAGUCAAGGUCAGAGGUCAACCCGGAUGCAGAAGUUGCUACGUUCAGUCGAUCGAUCGAUCAUCAUCAUCAUUCGGAGGACUUUGACACGGAGCAGAUGUCGGCUUUAGCGUCGUGUCUGGCGGAAAUCUUUAAGGAACAUUUCCGAGGAGACGUCCUGCCUGAAGACAUCACUGACGAGUCCCUGGAGGAAUCUGUGUGCAAGGCGGUGUGUCUAGUGUUCAGGAACCUGGUGACCAUGCAGGAGGACAACAGCGGCUUCUCGGUCCUUCUGGACAUGCUGGCGGAACUUUACCAGAAGCAACCCAAGAUCGGCUACCACCUCCUCUACUACCUCAAAGCCAGUAAAGCGGCAAAUGGCAAGAUGAUGCUGUACGAGUCGUUCGCCCAGGCCACGGCGCUCGGAGAUCUCCACACGUGUCUCAUGAUGGACAUGAAGGCGUGUCAGGAGGACGACGUGCGGCUGCUUUGCUACCUGACGCCCUCGAUCUACUCGGAGUUUCCAGAUCAGACGUUGCGAAGCGGCGAGCUGCUCAACAUGAUCGUCGCCGUCAUCGAUUCCACCCAGUUGCAGGAGCUGAUGUGUCACGUGAUGAUGGGAAACCUGGUCAUGUUCCGCAAAGACUCCGUCCUCAACAUCCUAAUCCAGUCUUUGGAUUGGGAGACGUUUGAGCAGUACAGCACGUGGCAGCUGUUCCUAGCGCACAGCAUCCCUCUGGAGACCAUCAUUCCCAUCCUGCAGCACCUCAAGUACAAAGAACAUCCGGAGGCCUUGUCCUGUCUGCUGCUGCAGCUGCGUCGGGAAAAGCCCAGCGAGGAGAUGGUGAAGAUGGUUCUGAGCAGACCUUGUCACAGCGAGGACCAGUUCACCACCAGCCUCCUGCGACACUGGGCGUCCAAGCACGACGACACCCUGGCCGAACACAUCAAAGCGCAACUUAUCAAGAACAACAACCAACCCCGGAAGAGGCAAAGUCUCCGGAGCUCCAGCAGCAAACUGGCUCAGUUGACUCUUGAACAGAUCCUGGAACAUCUGGACAACCUCCGAUUGAGCCUGAACAACACCAAGAACAGCUUCUUCAGUCAGACUCCCAUCCUUCAGGCUCUGCAGCACGUUCAGGCCAGUUGCGAUGAAGGACACAAGAUGAGGUUCAGCGACCUGUUCGCGUUGGCCGAAGAGUACGAAGACUCUCAGGCCAAACCGCUCAAGUCUCGCCGGAAGGCGGCGGCCACGUCGCCCAGGUCCCGCAAGGGCGUGGCGCCGCCCAGCAACAACGAAGAGGAGAGCGCCUCCAGCAGCGCGUCGGAGGAGGAAGACUCCAAGCCCAAAGCUCCCAAGAGAAAGAGGAAAUGCUCGUCGGCCGUAGCGUCUGACAGCGACUGAUCCCGAGGCCGAAUUUUAGCUCGCCCUGACACGCGUCGGCCGUUUUCCCACAAUGCACUGUGACCUUUGUCUUUUUUGAAACUCAAAUUGUGGACGUUUUGACUUCCUGUUGUUUUUAGCAGCUCCUUCCUCUUUGUCCCGCUGCAGUAAAACACUUUGUAUAAAGCCUGCCGCUUUUAGUCUUAUUUUCAACGCUUCCUGUUUAGCGUCCUGGGUCGUGUGACAGACGGCAGGUGUCCUGUCCCCGAGAUGCCCCGCCCACAUCAUCAUCCGUGAUGGACAGCAGCUGGGCGGCCGCUUCGGCGGCUUCUUGAGGAACCUCUCGAGGCCGCUCUCCGCUCGCGUGGUGGUUCCGAUCAGGUCGUCGAGAUUUGUUUUUAACGGCCGUCAUGUCUGCGGCGAAGUCAGGGUCAUCUCUGCGGACUUUGCUAGUGACUCCAGAACGAAUCCCGGAUUUCUUCGUCCCGCCUCGCAGUCCGCGGUUCCUCCUCUCCCCGCCGCACCGCCGGACCGCAGCGGGCGGGAGCAGGCCCCCUGCCGCCCGGGACGACGACGACGACUUUCGUAGCCCGGACCGCCGGCCGCUAACGGGGGCCUCGCCCCGCCUGUCGCCGCUUCCUCGACGCUCGCCGACCGAGGCGUACUCGGACCGUGACCCGACGACGCGCGCGGCCUUGUCGCUGCCUCACGUGGCCAAGGUCACGACCCCUUAUGGCUUUCGUGCGGUUCUGGCGUGGAGCCCGUGCACGCGGCGCCGAGAGUCUCUGUUUCACCGGAACGCCGACAACGGCCCCGCCGUGCCACACCUGACUCACGUGGUGGGAUGCCAAAGACAUGCGAAGGUGGAGCCGCAGUGAUGCCACUUCCUGGUCAACCACUUUUAACUUCCUGUUUCUAAUAAAGAGAAUUUGAAAAAUGA